AUGUGGUUCCACGACACCCACAGCGUUGAUAUCCGUGGCCAGACACCACUACCAACACGGCCAAACACAAUAUCAUCAUCAUCAACACCCCCACCACUACCACCACCAACAACAACAACAACAACAAUAACAAGAAAAACAAUAAUCACAUCAACAACAACAUCAUCAACAACGUCAACAAAAGGAAGUGUGAAUGAGAAGAAUGGCCUGGUGGACUGGGGAGAGGCGUGGAGUGACAGGAGUACGUGUUCAAGUGGGGCACUGACGGAAAUGACGGUUCACGGGCACAUAACAGAGACACAAUUGCCCCCAACACGUUUUAACGUGAGGAAAAUGAAGGAAGAAAAUGAAAACGAACAGUUAAAAGAAAAAGAGCGAAAUAAUGAGAUAUGGAUACAUCAGCCAACAACAACAACAACAACAACAAGAAGAAGAAAUAGUGAAACUGUACCGUGUGUUAUUCUGAAACCAUUGCGGCGUGGUGUAAAUAAGUGGCUAUUUGCGUCUGAAGAGAAUACUGCAUGGCGUCGACAUGCGUUUGAUUUAAAUGAAGAGAAGAAUAAGAAUGAUGAUACAGAUAUUAACAGUAAGAAGAAUGAAAAUAGCGUUGAUAAUACCCACAACAGCAAACUUUCUUCUCGUUCGACUUCUCCUGUGAAGUCUUUAUCUGAAAUUUUAAAUAAACCGGCGUUUCUUCAUCUCCAUGCACACAGUGCUGGUGGAACAUACAUGGUUUCCCCUGCCAAGAACACCUCAUCAUCAUCAUUAUCACCAUUAUCAGGAGGAGUAGAAGGAGGAAUAAUAACAACAACAACAACAAAAACUACUACUACUACUAAUACUAAUACUGGGAGAAGGAUUAGUGCUGUAUUUAAACCCCGUUGUGAGGAGAUUGGACAAGCUCGUAAUCCACAUGGUAAUUAUACAAGUGAACGUAUAGGCGAGUUUACACCUGGUACAGGCAGUGUACAUGAGGUGCUUGCAUAUUUACUGGACCAUGAGGGAAGUGCAGGGGUGUUGCCUACACUGGAAGUACGUGCCGUGCGAUCUAGUACACAUCACCGUCUCUCUUCUUCCUCUUCGUCCUCCUCCAAUAAUAAUAAUAACAAUAACAGUUCCUCUGGUAAUCAUACAAGUAGAAGCAUAGACCAUUAUCUUGCUGUCUGUAUGAAAGAGGGAAAUCAUGAGAAGAGUAUGGAAAAGAAAUAUAAUACUUAUCAUCAUCAUAAUAGUGAUGAUGAUAAUACUGAUAAUACUGAUAAUGAUGAUGAUGAUGAUGAUGAGGAUGAUUGUGAGAGUGAUGAUACCCCUAUUGGAAGUCUUCAGUACUUCAUGCCGGAUUGCUUAGAUGCGGCGGAUGUCCUUCCGGGUGGUUUUCCCGUGGAGGAAGUUCACCGCAUUGCCAUUUUCGAUAUUCGCACACUAAACAGUGAUCGCCAUGGCGGUAAUAUACUAGUGAGUUCCACUCACCUCAACAACACACCGCAUCUUAUUCCAAUUGAUCACAGUUAUAUUUGUCCUUCCGGCUUUGCAGAUCCCGACUUUGAGUGGAUGUGUUGGCCGCAGACAAAAGUCUCUUUUUCCGCAGCUUCACGGGCGUAUAUUGCCCGGCUGGACGCUGAGCGGGAUGCCGCACUUGUCUAUCACGUCUUAUCUGCAGAUCCAACAAUAACAACAACAACAACAACAACAACAACAACAAACACGAAUAAUAAUAAUAAUAAUAAUAAUAAUAAUAAUAAUAAUAAUAAUAAUAAUAAUAAUAAUAAUAAUAAUAUCAACAACACCUCGGCGGAGGCUGCGGCGGAAGUGGUACACUGCUCAACACGAUUACUGCAGAUCGCCGCCCUGCAGUUCGGUUUGACCGCACACAGUAUUGGGCAGUUGUGUCGACGGCGGACAUUCACGGCGCCAUCGGUGUUGGAGGAGUUGAUGGAAUACGCCCGCGAUGAUGAGACGUGGCGGGUACACUUCCCUACAUUUGAGCGAUUGCUCACGGAGAGACUUCAACAAGAACAACAACAAGAAUAA